GCGUCAUGUCUGCGUAACUUGGAUAGCAAUCCCACUCAUAUUUACCCACCCACCGCUUGUCUCGUCAACUCAAUCUCCACGCCGUAUCUCUCUACCAUCAGGCGUUGCUUUGGCCACUCUCGCGCUCGAUAGUGCCAGAGAAGGUUGCGAAAACCGACUUACAGCUCACACCUACUCUGUACACCGGUGCAUUCAAGCUUUCGAGCACUGAAGCAUGGAGAGCAACAGAGAUGAGGCAAUCAAGUGUCUAUCUAUCGCACAGAAGCAUAGGAAUGCGGGAAACCUACCAUCUGCACGGAGGUUCUGUCAAAAGUCUUUGAACUUAUUCUCUACACCAGAGGCUGUCAGGUUUCUAGAGAUCAUCGACUCAGAGGCCGAAACUUCAAGAGGCGAAGCUUCAAGUUCAUCCUCUUCUACUUCAACGUCGACCUCUACACCAAACGGGCCUUCUUCUUUCACGUCUGCAACAGAAGCGCAUCCAUCUUCGUCUGGUACCCGACAGCGUCAUACAGCUGAGAUGAACGGGAACGCCAAGCCUACUGUCAAUGGCAGUACGAAACCCUCGACCUCACGUGUGAACAGUGAGCAGAAGAAGAGGGAGUAUACACCUGAACAGGCCGCUGUGGUGAAACGGAUACGAACUUGUAAAGUAACGGAGUAUUACGAGAUCUUGUCGGUGAAGCGGGAUUGUGACGAGACGGAAAUCAAGAAGGCGUAUCGAAAGCUUGCAUUGACACUACAUCCUGACAAGAACGGGGCACCUGGUGCAGACGAAGCUUUCAAGCUGGUCUCCAAGGCAUUCCAAGUUCUAUCAGAUCCACAGAAAAGGGCGACAUACGAUCGACAUGGGUCAGAUCCAGAGUCGCGUUUCAGCGGGAUGUCAUCUCCAUCAAGCGGUCGUGCCGGACCAACAUUCGCAUCAGCAGGACCCUUUGGUGGUGGAUUUGAUGGCGAACUCAGCCCCGAGGACCUGUUCAACAUGUUCUUCGGCGGGGCAGGUCCUAUGGGAGCAGCGUCAUUCGGUGGACCAGGUGUAUUCACCACGACGUUUGGGCCUGGAGGUUUCCGUACGACACGAAUGCGUACCCACCAACAAGCACAACAACCACGACAAAACAACGCCGAACCGCGCUCGAUAUUCGUCCAACUCCUUCCUCUCUUCCUCCUCCUCGCUUUCUCUCUUCUCAAUGCUCUCCCUAGCUUAUUCUCUUCCAGUCCGACACCCGAUCCUCGAUUCUCUUUCAACCCUACACCGUUAUUUAACGUCGAACGACGAACUGAAGGGCUUGGCGUCAGAUACCAUGUCAACGCAGCAGAAUUCUCAGGGCAUCCGAUCGCUGCUGAGUUGGCUCGGAAUGAGAAGAAGUCUGGCCCAGAGUUGCGGAAGUUUGAGGGCAACAUUGAGCGGUUGUACAAGCAGCAGCUAUAUUCUCAAUGUCAAACUGGGAUGGAUAUAAAGGAGCACAAGAAAGAUAAGGAGGUUGGAUUGUUUGGGAUUGGUACUGAUUGGGAAAAGGUGAAGAAGAUCGAUCAGGAGCCUGUGCCAGCCUGCGAUGAGUUGAGGAGACUAGGAUUGCUGAAAUGAGGGGCUCUGGCGGCUUUCAUAGAUGGCGCACUUUCGCUUUGGGCGUAUGGUGGUUUAUAUCAUGUGUAUCUCUAGGACGUUGAGGAUACCUUUACCUAUUGACAUGUUUUCUAUGCUAUAUACUAUUCACAGGAUCAUGACGUUCUUUAAUGACACUUGAGUUCAUGUCAAUGCAGUCAUGAUCGAGGAUGCGAUAUUCUCGCAAUCCC